AAUGAAAUUGAUCCUAACCUUAUACGAAAAGCUUUCAAGUAUUGUGAUAUAUCUAAUACACAAGAUAGUACAGAAGAUAGCUUAAUUUUUGAUUAUGAUAGACUUAAUCAAUAUACAAACUCACAUAAUCAUAUUUAUGUGCAAGAUGAGUUUGAAAACUCUAGUGAAAGUUUAGUAGAGGUAAUUAAUCUUAUGAGUGAAGACGAUACUAACAAUGAAGCUGAAGCCAAUUCUAUUCAUGAAUAUAAAGCCGAUUCUGAUAAUGAUAAUGAAGCUAGUGGAAGUGAAGAUGAUUAUUAUAAAGCAGAGGAAAUUAAUUAUAUUAAUGAUUGGAUAUAA